AUUCAAGUGUUUAGUACAUAACGCAACUGUUAGUGCAUUUCAUCAAGUGUUAUUCGUCUCCGUAAGGCCAAGGCAAGAACUAAAUUUGAGGUUAGAAACAUUUAAGAACUUAGUACACUUAUCAACUGAUAAUGUGGAUAUAAACGAAAAAAGACAACAAUUAAUGUCUCGUGGAUUACCUAAGCAAAAACCUAUAACAGGAGUUAAAAAUAUAAUCCUCGUAUCGUCCGGUAAAGGAGGUGUCGGUAAAAGCACAACAUCAGUUAAUAUAGCAACGGUUUUAAAACAUAUAAAUCCCAAUAAAGGAAUCGGUCUUUUGGAUACAGAUGUAUUCGGUCCUUCUAUACCUUUAAUGAUGAAUUUAAAUGAUCAACCGUUUAUAAACAAAGAAAAUCUAAUGGAACCCCUCGUCAAUUACGGAGUUAAAUGUAUGUCCAUGGGUUUCCUCGUAGGUAAAGAAGCGCCUGUAAUAUGGAGGGGUCUUAUGGUAAUGCAAGCGUUAGAAAAAUUGAUUAGACAAGUCCAUUGGGGUACUUUGGAGUAUUUAAUAGUGGACACACCACCUGGAACUGGAGAUACACUUUUAAGUCUUGUACAGAACUUACCCAUAACAGGUGUUGUUCUGGUGACUACUCCCCAAACGGCUGCAUUGGAAGUAACAAAAAGAGGAGCCGGUUUAUUUAAAAAACUGAACGUACCUAUAAUAGGUUUAGUCGAAAAUAUGAAUUAUAUAAAAUGUACUGCUUGUUUUAAAAAUAUCGAUCUGUUUGGGAAAGGUACCACGAAAUUAGCACAUGAGCUAAGUUGUAGUAUAUUAGCUAGUCUUCCUUUAGAUCCGGGUAUAUCUUCAAGUACCAACGAAGGAAUUCCAAUAGUUGCGAGUGAUAAAGAAAGUGACGUAAGCAAACUUUAUGAAAUUAUAGCACGUUGUAUCAUCAAGUUUGUCGAAAAUAAAUAAGUAAAUUAUGA